CCAUACCCCAUAAUGCACUGCACGCUGCGGGGCUGAAGUCGUGCACAUUCAUCAGUUCCCGUUGGCAGAGGAGAGGAGCUCACUCGUACGGCCGGACGGAGAGAGCGAGAGACACGGAGCAGUGGGCAGAGAGAAGUGCCUUUGUUUGGCUGAGCCCCCGGCGGUGUGGCCCUCCUGAAGCCGCCCCUGCCUCUGUGCCUGCGAGUGUCUGGACCCAAUCUCCGGCCAAACCAGGAGAACCCGGACUGCCAGCUUCAGCCGCUGAGACAGUAUUCUACCAAUCUGUCAGCCAUCCUGCUCUCCAUCUACGCCACUCAGCCCUCGUCUGUGGAAACUAGCACUCCUCCCUCAGCACACAGCCUAAUACGAAAGGCUUUUAUUAGCUCCUGUGAGAGGAACAACUUCUCUUCAGUGUCCAGCCUCCCUGACCCUCUUUUCUCUAAAUCUUUUCAUCAUGGAUCAGUGUAAUCGAUAACAUCUUUUGCCAUUCAUUUCAUCUGACAAUUGUGCUUUGGCUGUAAAGAAACUUUGUGUGCUGCUCAUACAAGUUAAGGAAAUAGACACUGAGGCUGCUAAGCUAACCCUGUGGCUGUCCCCGGCUUAGGCCCAGGGUGACGGGCACUCACUUCCAGUACACACCUAGCAUGGGCCACAGGUGGUAGGUGAGCCAGAGGCCUAACCGGCUUCACUCCAGUCGCACACCAGGGACUACACCAUCUUAAAAACCAGCCCAUGUCAUUUCCUUAUCCCAUCUCACUUGUCCCAGUGUCUUUCGAAGCAUACACACAAAUAUCUCUUACUCCUAAUCGACCCGGCCUGCCUGCUCCAAAAUGGCGGUGAACGUGACACCCAUCAGGGACACAAAAUGGCUGACGUUGGAGGUCUGUCGGGAGUUCCAGAGAGGGACGUGUUCACGGCCGGACAGCGAGUGCAAGUUCGCUCACCCGGCCAAAAGCUGUCAAGUGGAGAACGGCCGAGUCAUCGCCUGCUUUGACUCCCUCAAGGGCCGGUGUUCCCGAGAGAACUGCAAGUACCUGCACCCUCCACCGCAUCUAAAGACACAGCUGGAAAUCAAUGGAAGGAACAAUCUCAUCCAACAGAAAAACAUGGCGAUGCUGGCCCAGCAAAUGCAGCUGGCCAAUGCCAUGAUGCCGGGCACACAGCUCCAGCCAGUGCCCAUGUUCUCAGUCACACCCAGCCUUGCCACCAACGCCAACGCUGCUGCAGCCGCGGCCGCCGCAUUUAACCCGUACCUGGGUCCAGUGUCGCCCGGUCUGAUGCCCGCUGACAUCCUGCCCAGUGCUCCUGUCCUGGUCACCAGCAACCCCAGUGUCCCCGUGCCCGCUGCCGCUGCUGCUGCUGCUCAGAAACUCAUGAGGACAGAUAGACUAGAGGUGUGUCGGGAGUACCAGCGGGGGAACUGUACGCGGGGAGAGAAUGACUGUCGCUUCGCUCACCCAGCAGACAGCACCAUGAUAGACACCAAUGACAACACGGUCACUGUGUGUAUGGACUACAUUAAGGGCCGCUGCUCCAGGGAGAAGUGCAAGUACUUCCACCCUCCGGCUCACCUGCAGGCCAAGAUCAAAGCCGCCCAGCACCAAGUCAACCAGGCUGCAGCUGCUGCUGCCAUGAGUCAGUCGGCUGUCAAAUCACCGAAGCGACCCCUCGACGCAACUCUAGACCUGGGGCUCCCUCCUGUUUUGCCUCCUUUACCAAAGAGACCUGCACUUGAAAAAGCCAAUGGUGCCACCACUAUGUUCAAUGCUGGUGUGUUCCAGUACCAACAGGCCCUGGCCAACAUGCAGUUUCAGCAGCAGGCUGCAUUCAUCCCAUCAGGCUCGAUAUUGUGCAUGACACCUGCAACAAGUGUUGUUCCCCUGAUGCACGGUGCUACUCCAGCCACUGUGUCUGCAGCCACCACAUCUGCCACAAGUGUUCCCUUUGCAACUGCAACAGCCAAUCAGAUUCCAAUAAUAUCUGCAGACCAUCUGACUAGUCACAAAUAUGUGACCCAGAUGUAGGAGGAUCAGAACAAUGGAACUGGAGUGUGCUGGUGUGGAGUCGAAGAUUAGCUGUCACACUCAAUGCCUGUAACAAAGACAACACUUAAGCCAACCGGUGUCCGUUUGGUGUGGAUCUGCAUGUCGCCAUAGGAGUCGAGGUUUUCUGGGACUGUUUCAUGUGUAUUUGAUACACAGUGGUAGUACUAAGUGAAACUUCAUUGACAUCAUGGACUGUCCUCUGUAGAGGCUCUUACCUUUAUUCACCAGACACACUCUGAAUGUCACUAAGAGGUACAUGGGUGGCGUCCUGUGAAGGAUGUGAUUGUUACAUUCAUAGACAGAGAAUCAUCUUAAUUUGUGUGACUCUUUUGGUUGUUGGUUGGUCUUUGACCUAAAUGUGUCCAUUUGUUUACACGAAGGUGCACCUUGUAUUUGAGUUGAGAUAGAAAUGCUGAAUAAUAUGACUGAACCACAUAUGCAUGCACAAUAGCAAUUUUGUUAGGACUUUAGUUUCUUAAACAGUAAUAAGGGAAGUGCACUCAGAGGAAAUGUGUUUCUGAAUGUGUGUGAGGUGUCUUUAAACCUUUGUAGCCUACCUUCUAUCUCUGAAGCACAUGUCUUUAAGCUUACAGGUCGGCCCUGUACAGUGCCAUACAUCUCCAACACACCAAUAACAUACAGUGGUCAUGCAAAGUGUUCAACUUUUCCCUUUAAUUCAGACCUCCUCUUAUACAGAUAUGGUCAUAUAAAGGCUAGAUCUCUUUGGAUCUCAGUUUCAUAAUUGUUAAUUGGAUUCCUAAAACCGCUCACUUUGUUUAUUGUCCUCAUGCAAAUAUAAAUUUAUUCCAGACUUGAGUUUUACUUAUAUUUUAACAGAGAUGGAUGAAUUAGUCCUCAAAUAGAUAGUGUAUUAACUUUAAAUCAAAAGUGUGGAAGUUAUCACGAGAGAAAGUGUUUUGUCCAAACUGCUGUGACAUGAUGCAACUAAUGUUAUGUGAGUUUAUUGUUUGUUUGGUAAUAUUAUCUGAGCUAGAUGAAAUCUAGUGUAUAUUUAAUAAUAUUUGUUUAAACCUGAAAACUGUUUUCCGAUAGUCAGCCAAAGUCUUAUUGUGUCACUGUUAAUAGAGAUAUAUAUAUAGGUAUAUUGGUGGAUUUGAAGACAAUGUGGUGGCAUAGGUGGUUAGGAUAGAUCUCUAGGACUAUUUGUUUUGUGUUCUGGGUGUUCUUCAGGCAUACUCAAUCAGUGGAUAGUACAGGGAAUGUGGCAAGAAUCAAAAGACGAUUGUAAAACCCAUCCAAAGCCUUAGAAUGUACCAUCAAGUCAGCACAAUGCAACAUGCCAUCUUGAACCAUCCAGUUGCCUAACCCACGCCAUAAUAACAGAGCACUAUGUAAUGUCACUUUUUGUUCAAUUCUCAACUUCUUCUUUAGUGUUUUAUUUGAAUGAUAUUUUGAUAUUUUGUUUGGAGUUGUUGUGUGUUUGCCUUAUCUAUUUAUCUCUUACAAUGAAUAUAAGGUAGUGCGUAUUGUGUGUUCUCAUGCACAGUUUCCUGAAAUUCCAUGUACUUCAUUUUAGUAUGAUUGUAGACUCAGUAUUUUGUAUGUUAUGCAUAUUGUUGAGCUGUAUGCAUAUUGUUCAUUUCUCAGUCUUUUGUGUUCCUUGAACAAAGAUGUUUUAUAUAAGUAUCUAACAGUGAUGAAUACUAGAGCAAAGAGGCUAUGUUGUCACUGAGGCAACAGUUGCCAACUGAGUCAUAUUUUAAUGAUUGUAAGGUUUGUAACUAGUCAUAUAUGAAAAAAAUAAUAUUAUAAAAAUGUAAUUCUUAGAUGUUUAGAGUAAAAUGUUAUUUUCUACUGUAUCCAUUUCAGAUAGUAAGUAUUGUUUCAAUAUUUUUACUCUCCCUGGAAAUUGGGCCAUGUUGGAAAACAAGCUGCAUAUUUGAUCACUUUUGGGGUUGUAGAGUGCAGUCUGUAAGGGCUGAUGCAAACGGGUGGGGCAGACUCUGCAGGAGAGAGAGCUGAUGAAGGGUGACUUUUUUGCACUUCUGUACAUAGUCAAAAAAAGAGAGAAUCAUGUAUAUUGAGAUCUUAUUUUGAAUAAAAAAUUCUGUCUAUAAUGACAAGAAAUUUUGCUAGGAUAACAAAAAAAACCUUAAAGGCUGAACAAAAAUGCUUGCAUCAAAGGGCACUGAGUUGACACUCCUGAUCCCUUUGUGAAAAGGCCAAGUGUUGCUCUUCUUUUUUGUCAGCAGCUUGUAGUUUGCCAGGUAACCUUUCCGGAGCGUAAGGGCCUGCCUGGGUCUGUCUGUAGGACCACGCCCCCAGGCCCGACCAAUCACAACACGUCCUGUCUUUACUUUUCUCAGAGGGGAAUGCAUGUUGAAGCAGAUACAUAUACCGUUUAAGAUCACCACACAGUACUAUUGAAUAAGAAAACAUGUUACACAGAAAGAUGUAUUUACACUAUACAAUAUCCUAUCAAUGUAAUGGAAUAAAAAUAUGUAUAUGAAAAUAAAAUAGAAUAGUGGUUUAUUUAAAAAAGACAUCUGAGAAUAUACUCACUAAGGUCUCACUUCUUGGAGAGUUGAAAUCCAUGCAACACAAGAACCAUAGCUAUAGUAUGUUCUUUCUGUUUGUAAGCUGUGCUUUUAGUAGAUGAAUCUGACCAGACUGAAUCAUAUAUUUUCUGUCAACAUCCCGCACAGGUAAAAAUGUAAAACUCAAAUUCUGUUUAGUAGUUUGGCCACUGGUUUGAAAGCCAUCUCUGCCAUCUCUCCAGACCCUCAUCUCCUACAAGCACGCAUGCUUACCUUUAUGAUAUGAUGUGAACUGAAGUUUUGAUUUCCUUUUUUCUUUGUCGGUUGUUUUCUCAGCUUAUAGUGCUAAGAUGAUGUAUUCUGUCUUGCUGCAGUUUGUUUCUGCUUGUUUUACUGUGCCAGGCCCCUGGAAGAUGUGUCACGGCAGCCACCUCCUAUUGAAAAAGCACCUGUAGAAACUUGACCUGCCGAGCGCUACAGUCUAAAGCCAUACUACUUACACUCAUGGGAGGAAAUGUCCGAGAGCUGGGGACAGAGGUGGGGCUGAUGUCUGGAUAAUAUGUGCUUUCUUCAGACUAAUGUCCUUGACACAUUUUCACACUGGGCCUGUGCUGCUAUAUUUAAUUCUUGCUGUAAUGAUGAAAAAUAUAAUAAAA